AUGUUAACUGCAGUGCUCGAAAAUGGCAACAAUGUAACCGAAAGCACGGGAGGUACGACGCUAGUUACAACGCCGUUGUUCUACGUCAACGGAGAACUGCACGUCGGACACGCAUACACACUGGUAGCAGCAGACGUAAUCAAGAGGUAUGAGCAACUGCUUGGAAGGAAUGCCCUUUUGUUGUCCGGAACCGACGAACAUGGCACAAAAAUUGAGGCUGCAGCCCGCGCAGCCGGACAGACACUGUCGCGCUACGUGGAGGAUAUGCGUACUCACUACCACGAAGUUUUGAAUUCGUAUAACGUAAAUGCAGAUGUACACAUCCAUACUGCGGCAGACGACCACGGACACAACGUGAGAUGGGCGUUCAACCACCUGUUGCAUAAUGGCGACAUCUAUGAGGGGCUGCAUAAGGGCUACUUCUCGCCUGCAGAAGACGCCUAUUAUACGGCAUUCCAGAUUACGAAUGGACUGUCCCCACAAGGUUUUGAGGUUCAGCCCGUAGCGGAAAAGGCGUAUUUUUUCAGACUCUCUAAGUACCAAGAUGCGCUACGGCAACUAAUCGGCACGGACGGCUUUUUAACGCCAAAGGAGCGGAGGAAUGAGGCCCUAUCGCUGCUAAAAGGUGAUUUACCCGACGUUGCAAUAACCAGGUCGAAUACACGAUGGGGUGUUCCACUAGACCUACCGGGUUUCGAAGACCAUACCAUUUACGUCUGGUUCGACGCAUUGAUGGCAUAUGCGCUGAGAAGCAGGGGGGGUAAACAUCACGACAAUACAAUUAUGGUAUUUGGAAAGGACAUUUUGCGGUUCAUAGCAUUGUUGUGGCCUGCUCUUUUAAUGUCGUUGGAUAUGCCGUUGCCGCGGCAAAUGAUAUGCCAUGGGUGGUUGACGUGCAGCGGCGAAAAGAUUUCCAAGUCUAAGGGCGAAAAGGUCCUUGCGUUGCCAACGCUUGGUACGGCAGACGUGUCGCGAUUCGUCCUCAUGAGCUUGGGCGCUUUCGGUGAAGAUUUCAAUUUCGACAGCACCCGAGUGGAACAACUGUCAGAGCUGGUGAAGGACAAGUAUGCCAACCUAACCCACCGGAUAACAGGCCUAAUGAACAACAGGGGCGUGUACCAGCUGGACCGCAAUGAAGCGACUCAAAUGGACCCUCUCGUCAAGCAACUUUUGGACGGAUGGGGCGUUUUGCGGCAAACAAUGCAACAUUACAGGAUAGACCUGUAUAUUAGUGAGCUGAACCGUUUAGCGGCAGAGAUCAACAGUUACAUAACUCGGAAUCAGCUGUGGGGAGUUCAAAGUGAAGGUGACUUUAGGCGCCACUGUUUAGUGCUAUGCAGGGCACUGCUGGUGUUGACUGUAUAUUUAUACCCAAUAAUGCCAAAUAUCGCUCGGAUGAACAUGGAGCGACUGCAACCCCACAUAAAGGAGGUGCCUGUGGGAAUAGGCGCGGCCUCAGACAUAUUGCAAACAUUGGCCCAAGUUGACUUCAAUCCCCGGCAUUUGGCCCCCCUAAUGUAA